AUGAGCUAUGAAAAUUACGACCCCUGUUUUCCUGAUCAACCAGUCGUUGAUCUGUACCUGAAAAUUUGGGCACAGUUGCCAUCCUUCAAGUUCAAGCCAGCAUUUAUGUGGGUUGAAGAUGGUGACCGUAAUUCAACUCUUACCUAUGAGCAGCUCAACAAAUCAGCACAAUGUAUUGCUUCCAAUCUGCUCGUUCCAUUGAACAGAGGAGAUACAGUUGUUGUCCUCUGUGAUCCAGGGCUCCAGCUCGUCGAAUUCGUUUUCGGGUGUCAAAGAGCUGGUCUUAUUGCUGUUCCCAUUGUCCCUCCAACUUUUGACAAUCCUAAUUUUCACCAUCUCAUUAGAGUGAUCUCACAAACCAAGCCUAAAGCUGCCAUUGCCAAUCAAUCAUACAUCAAAUGUAUGGAACGAUAUAUUUCUGAUAGUAAUAGUAAUAAUAAAAAUCACCAGCAGUCUCAGUGGUUAAAGAAGCUGAAAUGGAUUGCAUCUGAGGAUGUUUUAGUUCAUCGUUCGGGUUUGAAUCCGGAACCACCAUCUUCUUCUUCUUCUUCUGCAUAUAAUGGUUGCAAGCCUGAAGAUGUAUACUUGAUUCAGUACACUUCGGGCGCCACGGGGAUCCCGAAACCGGUGAUUGUUACGGCUGCUGCAGCUGCACAUAAUGUUCGUGUAGCUCGGAAAGCUUACGAUUUGCAUCCGAACAGUGUGAUUGUGUCCUGGUUGCCUCAGUACCAUGAUUGCGGCCUAAUGUUCUUGCUUCUUACCGUGGUCUCCGGCGCGACGUGCGUGCUCACUUCUCCAUCUUUGUUUGUUCAAAGGCCUCGAAUAUGGCUCGAGUUGAUCACGAGUUUCGGGGCAACUUGUACUCCUGUUCCGUCGUUCGCGCUGCCGCUCGUUUUGAAGCGGGGCGGGAUCGCGGACGGAGGAGCAACUCCGAUGAUCAACUUGGCGAGUCUGAAGAACCUGAUCAUCAUCAAUGAGCCGAUUUACAAGGCUUUGAUUGAUGAAUUUGUCAAAGCAUUUAGACCAUAUGGACUGAAUCCAUCAGCAGUCGCGCCCUCUUACGGCUUAGCGGAGAAUUGCACAUUUGUUUCAACAGCAUGGAGAACAGAACACCAAAACGAGGAAUUGCCCUGUUACCAGAAACUCUUGCCGAGCGCAAGGCUUGAUUCUUCCUCGGACGAAGAGGAAGAAAUUGAAAUCCUAGUCGUCGAUGAAGAAACACGAGAUCCCGUUGAGGAUGGUAUCGAAGGGGAAAUAUGGAUUUCAUCUCCAAGCAAUGCCUCAGGUUAUCUUGGUCAUCCUUCCUUAACUAGAGAAGUGUUCAAUGGAAUGCUCAACAAGAGGGUGAGGUCAUAUCCAUUCGUACGGACUGGAGAUCGCGGCUUGGUGAUAGGGAAAGAAAAAUUCUUGUUUGUCACUGGCAGAAUUUCGGACACUAUCAAAGUACCAGGUAGCAACAGCAGCAGGGAGUUGCAUCCACAUUACAUCGAAACCAUUGCUUACGGAAGUAACCCGAAGAAUCUACGAGGAGGGUGCCUCGCAGCAUUUCUGUGCUCAGGGAAAGUUGUUAUUGUUGCUGAGAUGCAACAUCGGGAAGGAGAAGACAUCGAUUUUCGAAGAAUCUGUGAAGGAAUAAGGAAAUCUGUGAUGGAGGAAGAGUGUAUGGAAGUAGGAGUGGUUGUUCUUGUUAAGAGUGGAAGUGUACCAAAGACUACUUCUGGCAAAGUAAGAAGAUGGUUAGCGAAGGACAAUUUUGUGAGAGGUAAAAUGAGUGUGGUUUUGAAGAUGAAUUUUUUUGAAGAUAAUAGAUAUUAUGAUUUGGCAACAAGAAAUGUGAUAGAACAGGAGAAUGAAAAGGAGGAGGUAAGCAGUGAUAUGGGUUCUCAUUCAUUCCCAAAUUCUAAUCUACACUUGACAUCUUCUCUAUAA